AUGGCAGGAAUUAUGCACAAGAUUGAGGAGACCCUCCACAUGGGAGGCAAAAAAGAAGAGCAGAAGGGUGAGACACAUAGUGAGCAAAAGGGUGAGACACAUGGUGAACACAAGGGUGAAUACAAGCCAGAACAUGGCAAGGGUGAACAGAAGGAAGGGUUUGUUGACAAGAUCAAGGAAAAGAUCCAUGGUGAUGGCGCUCAUGGCGAAGGAGAGAAAAAGAAGAAGGAGAAGAAGGAGAAGAAGAAGAAGGGUGAGCAUGGCCAUGAUGGCCAUAGCAGCAGUAGCGACAAUAAGUAUGUUGUAAAGAUGCUGCAUGAAGAGAGAGAUGAUGAUUCGCGGAUGGAGGAUAUACUCAGACAUCCAUUCCCUUCUCAUUUCCACCGUCUCAUCUAG